CCCUCCCAAUCAUGUGAUUCAGGUGUUCCAAUCCCCUCCAUAUCAUGUGAUUCCGGUGUUCCAAUCCCCUCCAUAUCAUGUGAUUCAGUUGUUCCAACCCCUUCCAUAUCAUGUGAUUCAGGUGUUCCAAUCCCCUCCAUAUCAUGUGAUUCAGGUGUUCCAAUCCCCUCCAUAUCAUGGGAUUCAGAUGUUCCAAUCCCCUCCCAAUCAUGUGAUUCAGGUGUUCCAAUCCCCUCCAUAUCAUGUGAUUCAGGUGUUCCAAUCCCCUCCAUAUCAUGUGAUUCAGGUGUUCCAAUCCCCUCCAUAUCAUGUGAUUCAGGUGUUCCAAUCCCCUCCAUAUCAUGGGAUUCAGAUGUUCCAAUCCCCUCCCAAUCAUGUGAUUCAGGUGUUCCAAUCCCCUCCAUAUCAUGUGAUUCAGGUGUUCCAAUCCCCUCCAAGUCA